AGAUUAGAAUGGAGAGACAAGUGUUGAUGAAGGCACUGGCACUGCUAAACAGAGUGGGGCAUCGAGGCUAGCGACCACCUCAUUGGCUCACCCGCGCUGAGACAUAAGCCAUGUCUUUGCAAUUCAUUUUUAAUGUUUAAAAAGCCAUAAAUUAUCAGCCGCGCACCAAGAGAGGCAGGCAAGCAGGCACCAGCAACCAGCACCCGAGCCGACGGCCAAAUAACCGCCAAUUUGCAAUCAAUUACGCCGCGCUUCUUUUCAUGGUACGCCGUCUAUAACAAGGAUGAAGCCACCAGAAGCGUUGUGGAUGAUGUUUAUGGUGAUGGCGACCGUGCUUAGUAUGCUGAUGACGCAGGGCGACGCUGCCAGGGGUGGUGGUGGAGGGGGGAGAGGUGGCAAGGGGCCGAGAGGGGGGCGGAGGGGGCAGUAUGGCUCGCGCAUGCCCAUUCAGAUUCAGCACAGAAAUCCGGCCAGUGCUAGCUACUACAACCAUAAGGACGGAGCAAGAAUUGUGAAAUCUUCACACUUUGAACUUGACUAUAUGUUGGGAAGAAAGAUCACAUUUUUUUGUAUGGCGCAAGGCUUGCCAAGACCACACAUAACAUGGUUCAAAGAUGGAAUUGAGUUGUACGCACAUAAAUUUUUUCAGGUGCAUGAAUGGCCCAUUGGAAAUGAUACGAUGAAAUCGAAAAUGGAGAUCGAUCCAACCACCCAGAAGGAUGCAGGCUACUAUGAAUGUCAAGCCGACAACCAAUAUGCAAUUGAUAGGAGAGGCUUUAGAACAGAUUACGUUAUCUAUACGUACUGAAUUCACUGUGCAAAAAUGCGCAAAUUACAUCAAAUAGAAUACAGCUUAGCAAAUUUUAUUAUGACUGAAUUAUUGUUAAUCUUUUAAUAAAUAUAUAUGGUAUAAUACGA